CAAGAGUCUCCUCCAAAUCUGUCAUCGUGCCAUCUGGAGAACGCCCUGAAGAGGAGAGUUGAGGAACAGGAGGGAGACAACCCGAUCACAGUGUUCCCAUAGAGGGCGAGAACCUACACUUUCCCUGCAUCGACUGUCCCCACAACCAAUAGGGAAAGAUGGCUCGGGAUAUGUCAGACAUUGACAUCCUUAAGAUGGAGCUGGAACAGCUGAAGAAAGAAGUCUCGACACCCAGGGAGCCUGUGUCCAAGACAUCCAAGGACACCAUGGACUGGUGUGAGGCUGCGUCUGGUACCGACCUCCUGAUUACAGGCGUACCAGAUGAUAAGAACCCCUACAAGCCUGAGAAGGGAGGCUGUAUAAUCACCUAGCCAGCCCGGGGACAAACAGCCCCAGGCGGGACACAGGGAAAAACAUUAGAUUUUUUUCUCUCCAGUUUCAGCCUUUUCAGCACUGUAAAGAGUGAUACAUAGCUGCAAUAAGUUUGCCAUGUGUUCCUAUGUGAGUACAACAUGAGAGACGUCCACUAGGUUAGCCAGUUUAGGACAACACAACAUGCCACACUGACUAGGCUACACAAGGUCGCCUGAGGUCACUGGGAGCUGAGGAGGAGGAGAUUUAUCCAGGGACAAUUCAGGGGAUUAGAGGGAUCACUUGGUUACGAUGGUGUCCUUCCUUUCUCCUUGAUGACCUAUGACCCUACCCUCCUCACCUGUCAGUUAUCUCUGGCGGUUCUAGAGCUACCAAACAGGCUCUGGAAUGUUCCAAUUGCACCCACCGCUGACUGGCCUUUGUUUUGCUUGUAAAUAAACUGUAUCUAGCACAGCA